AUAUGAGCUUCCUAGACUUCACUGAAUGGAACAGCCAAUUCAGAGGUCACUGUGCAAGGAAACAAGACUUGUGCUUCUGGGAAAAUUAUAAAGUAAAAAUACUUGCAUUUGAUUCUUACUGAGAAUACAAGUACCUUGUUUGGAUUUUGCUCUUACUACCCAUGAAGAGUUACUGAACAGCUAGACCUAUGCUGUCCAGUAUGACAGCACUUGUCACAUAUGGCUAGAGAACGUGAAGAUAAUUAAAGGAAGCUCUACAAAGGAUCAUUUCAACUCUGGCAAAUAAAAAUGAUGAAAUUCAGAACUUUAUUGAUACACUAAAUCAAACACUAAAAGGAGUACAGGAAAAUUCUUCUAACAUACUUUCGGAGUUAGAUGAAGAAUUUGAUAGUUUAUAUUCUAUUUUGGAUGAGGUGAAGGAAAGUAUGAUUAACAGUAUCAAGCAGGAACAAGCUCGUAAAUCACAAGAAUUACAGAGUCAGCUCAGUCAAUGUAAUAAUGCCUUGGAGAACUCAGAAGAACUACUAGAAUUUGCAACACGGUCAUUAGAUAUAAAGGAACCUGAAGAAUUUUCAAAGGCUGCCAGACAGAUCAAGGAUAGAGUAACAAUGGCUUCAGCCUUUCGCCUUUCUUUGAAACCAAAGGUCAGUGACAACAUGACUCAUUUAAUGGUGGAUUUUUCUCAGGAAAGACAGAUGCUGCAAACUUUGAAGUUUUUACCCGUCCCUAAAGCUCCAGAGAUAGAUCCAGUAGAGUGUUUGGUGGCAGACAAUUCUGUAACAGUAGCUUGGAGAAUGCCAGAAGAAGAUAAUAAGAUUGAUCACUUUAUACUAGAACAUCGGAAAACUAAUUUUGAUGGACUUCCACGUGUAAAGGAUGAGCGAUGCUGGGAGACAAUUGAUAAUAUUAAGGGUACUGAAUUUACACUGUCAGGCUUGAAGUUUGAUUCAAAAUAUAUGAAUUUCAGAGUACGAGCUUGUAACAAAGCUGUAGCUGGAGAGUAUUCUGAUCCAGUGACUCUAGAGACCAGAGCAUUAAACUUCAGUUUGGAUAACUCCUCAUCCCAUUUGAACCUGAGAGUUGAAGAUACCUGUGUAGAGUGGGAUCCUACUGGAGGAAAAGGUCAAGAAAACAAAAUGAAAGGGAAAGAGAAUAAAGGCAGUGUCCAUGUUACUUCACUGAAGAAACAUACAAGAAGUGGCACACCAUCCCCUAAACGGACAUCCAUAGGCUCCAGGCCACCAGCAGUAAGAGGCAGCAGAGAUCGUUUUACUGGGGAGUCAUACACAGUGCUGGGAGACACUGCUAUUGAAAGUGGACAACAUUACUGGGAGGUCAAGGCCCAGAAGGAUUGUAAAUCCUACAGCGUGGGAGUAGCAUAUAAGACUUUGGGGAAAUUUGACCAAUUAGGAAAGACAAACACUAGUUGGUGUAUCCAUGUCAACAACUGGCUACAAAACACAUUUGCAGCAAAGCAUAAUAAUAAAGUCAAAGCCUUGGAUGUUGCUGUUCCUGAGAGAAUAGGUGUAUUUUGUGAUUUUGAUGGGGGUCAACUUUCUUUCUAUGAUGCAAGCUCAAAACAGUUGUUGUAUUCCUUUAAGACAAAAUUUACUCAGCCGGUACUACCUGGUUUCAUGGUUUGGUGUGGUGGACUUUCUUUGAAUACUGGGAUGCAGGUGCCAAGUGCUGUGAGAACACUUCAGAAAAGUGAAAAUGGCAUGACGGGUUCAGCUAGCAGCCUCAACAAUGUUACUCAGUAAUGCUUAACUCAGAAUAUGUUUACCCCCUUUUUGAUUGGGUGGCCUUUUCUGUGCAGUUACUAAUCCCAGAAAUUUCUGAGUGGUGGAAAUCAGGUUUGCUACACUCUGCUUUAAGGCCUGGAAUGUAUUAGCAUUAAGAAUCUAGUACAAAAUACUCACAGGAACCUACUGUGCAGGAUCAUCAAGCAAGCAGAUACCACACAAGAAACUGAUGUUUUGAAGAGUAAAUGGGAAGAAAGGCAGUGUUAAAAAGUUAUAUAAAACUCAUUUUUUUUUUGUGUUUCUUGGGUUACUUUGGCUCUUCUAUGUUUAGUUACAUAUGGUAGCCCUAGGACCUGAGAGGAAAGCAUUAAAUUUUGUCGUCUUUCCUCUAUACUUUAUCUCAUCACACUGUUACUAGGUUCAUACACUGAAGCUUUAAAAAAAAAAAAAAAAAACAGUCUUCUAAGGUUUUCUAAAAAUUGAAAUAAUUGGUUCAGGAUUCUAGAAAGGCUUUCUUACAAUGGUUUGUUUUUCUCCUUUUAUAAAUAAGUUUGAACUUUGCUAAAUUAUCCUCUUUUGUUUACUGACUAGAUUGUGUAUCAUUUUCUUUUUUCCGAAUGUCGUGAUAUUUCUCUUACGGUUAAAACUCAAAAUAGAGUGAAUAGGAAGAGUUUCUAGACAUAGUUGCUUAAAAAUCACCAAUACUUUAGUUUUUACCUGCUGCACUAACAGUGGCAAAGGGAUAUGCUUUCUUUGUUGCCUUGUUUAAGUAGACUUAUUUUCACUCCAUCAUUUUGGAUGAUGGAUAAAAUUUUUAAAAGCUUUCUAUUUUCUGAUUUUGUUGUCUAAUUCAAUACUACCUUUAAUAGUUAUCUUGGCAAAAUUCCCACUUGAAUUUGAUAAUAAUCGAUAACUAUACUGAUUUUUAAUAUUUUAAGUAGGAAUGAAAUUUUAUUAAAGUUAUACAUUAGGUAGAAAAACCUACACCAUUUAUGUUUUAUCUCAAAAGGCUAGGUUAUAAAGGAAGGUGCCUGAAACUAUACUGAAGUCAUUUAUGUCUGGUUUUUAGUAAGAUAUGGAAGGGUUUAAACAAAUGUUUUGAAAAAAAGGUCUACAUAUCUCUUUCACUUACUUGCCACAUGAAUUUUUCAAACAUAACUACUCAGAUGUUAUUUUUCUUUUAAUCCUUUUGCAACAUUCGUUUAUUUCCUAAAGGGGUAUAAUUCUUCCAAAAAUUAUCAUAGACAAAUCUUUCCCAAACUUAGGGAAAAUGUGUUAAACAAUGAAUAAAACAUAUGGUAAUUGAGCGGAACGUAUCUAUUAUUUAAAGGUUGGAUAAAAUUUGUUAUACAAGUUCUUUGAGCCAAACUGAAAGUUGUGAUUCCAGUAUUUAAGGAUUCUUUGAGCAUUUUGAGUGGUCUCUGGAUUUUACUUUCUCAUGUUGACUUUCAUUCUGAUUUUAAGUAUAUUGUGCUAGACAACCUUCUCCCGAGAAGUGAUUGUUGCUGCUUACAGCUGAGUUGUCUAUUAUAGAAAGGCCUGUGGAAUAGGUAUAGUGGAUUCUCUCCUAUUAAAGUUUACUGCUUACUGUUAGGAUGUUUUGUUCAUUGGUAAAACAAACCUAAAUGAGAAAAUUCCUUUGAACUGGCUAUUAUUUUUCCAGAAGACAUUUAUAUCUUCUCUAGUAUAUCAUGACAUAUUGGUACUUUUAAAGACCAAUGCAGUUGGGAGAAUGAAGUAUGUCAAUAGAUAUCCUUUUGAUUCUCCAAACAAAGUAGAAUUUUGGGUUUUGUUCUUCUUAAAGAUCUUCAAAAAAUUGUUUGGAUGUUCUUUUCCUUACAAUGGGGUUAUUUUAGGACCUAAGGAAACAGGCAGUUAAAAUUAUCUUUCAUAGAGUCAAAUCUGAAAGCAGUGAGUUAGUGGUGGAAUGGCUUUGUGCGAACAGUUACACGUAUAUAUUUUAGCAAAAAUGACACAGAAAAAGCCAGAUGUUCUUGUAUAAAAUUUUUUACUAUUACGUCUUAGUAAUUGUGUCUUCUCUUUAAUUCAGUGCCUUCUUCCUCUAAGCGUGCUCUUGCUCCAUGUCCCAUGCAGUGUCAACUGAUAUUUAAGCCAGAGACCAUUAUGUUAUACUGGUUAGGGCCUUCUAUUUGCAGGGGUAUGGAGAAGAGGAAAUAUUAAUCAGGGGCUGGAGGAGUGCAUAUGAUUCUUUCCUGUGCUCAUGCCAUCAUUUGAAAACUUUCAUAUAAAAUUUUCUAAUAUUCAUUUGGAAAAUUCAUUUGAAGUAAUAACAGUUAUGACUUCAUUAUAAGAAUCUGAGAUUACCCUCUUACUGUGCUUCUUCUUAAAGGUCUCUAAAUAUAAAGAAAAUGUGUAGGGUUUUAAGUUUAUAUGUGUUAAACUGGAAAAGUUUGCCACCUUCAUUUUCAAAAUAGAAAAUAAUCAACUGUAGUGCCUAUUUAAAAAGUCUCACAUUAAGGUAACUAAAUAUAUAACAUUUUCAUUUUCAUUUGAAUUAAAAAAUAUUGAGCCUUUUUGCUUAAUUCAAUGCAUUAUGGGAAGGCGGUAUACCCUUUCAGACGUUAUUAGUUUAUUUACUAUUUGUUGACAGGUCAAACAUGAUUGCUUUCUGUAAAAGAAAUGCAUGAGAGGUUGACGGUAAUGGAUGUAUCAUAGGUAUAAAAAAUUGUUUUAUAAAAACAUGCAUUUAGUAUUGCAUUUCUCUUUUAGCAGUUGAAUCCCAAACCAGUUUUGGUAAACUGGAUAAAGGAAUGAAGGAAUUGCCUUAAGCACUUUAGAAAAAUAAUUUUUUCACAAUUGAUUUUGAUUAUUUGGGCUUACUAUGUCACAUACAUCUUUAACUUUUGGUAAAUAUGUAUAUAUCAAGCAUUUAAUAACUGAGCGCACAUAGCAAUUUAAUAUACAGUAAUUCUUUGAAUGUUCCAGGUGUAGGUAAACAAAUUGAUAGUAUUAGAAGUGUGCCUGUCUGUACAUGGGUUUUAUUGAUGGCAUCUGUAACAUGUUGACAAACCGUUAACAGCCACUGUACAGCUAGACUUGGCCUACUUAGUUCUGCAAAGAGUAAUUUUUUCCCAUAUUAUCAUCUAAAGAAACACAUUGGCUUGGUUUUGUUUACUCAUUUGUUGAAUUAAAGUAUAAAUAGUAUCAUGUAUAAUUUGAAUUUUUUGUGACUGAUUCUUGGGUGGUACAAAUAAUAAAAGUAAAUAAUUUGUAAUGAAAGUUUAAUUAAGGUAACAUACUCCAUUUCAUUACUUACCUAGAAUGAUUAGUUUUUCUCUGUACUUCUAAAAUUAUAGUUAUUUUUGUUUCUUUUGAAACCAUGGAAAAAGUUGGAAAAGGAUAUACAUGGAAGAUGAUUAUUGCAAAGAGUAUUAAUUUUGGAAGAGGACACUGUAGAUUUCUUAGUAUAAAAUAUGGUGGAUUCCAGGCUAAAAAUACUAAGAAGUAUAUUUUCAAAUUAUCGUAAUUCUUAUCUUUUUUUUAUCGUUCUUUUUUAAAAACCCCAUAUUUUUUAGAUCAAUGUCCAUUCAUCAGCUAAUUCAUACAGCAGAUAUUUAAGUGUCUGUGAUAUGGGCAGCCAUGCUUUGUAUUUAGAGUUCCACAAUUAGUGAAGUUUGAUUUAUUGUGCAUAUAGUUUUACUACCUUUUUGAGUAGUGACAAAAUUUGAAUCUUAAAAACAAUGUUUUGCUAAUAAGUCAAAUUUUAAAAAGUAAGUUUGUUAUAGUUUAUAAAAAAUUCAAAUUAACUGCUUGUAACAUGGUUUACUUUUAUAUAGUCACAUAAAAUGGGUCUAGAAAACUUUCUUCCUUGAUUUUAUUUUAAACUGGAUAUAUUCUCUUAGGGAAGUGUAUAGUCAGCAUAAAUUUACUCAAUACCCAAGUAACCAUAAAGUUAUUUGCUAUUUUUAACCAAAAUGUACAUUUCAUAAUGCUGGUACUGAAAUGUUAUAAUAGAUCAUGAAUGUUUCUUUAAUCACUACAGAACGAUUACCUCAUGUUCAGUAUAAUUUUAGUUUUCUGUGUAUUUUACAGUAU